GAGUUGUGUCUGUUGACCGGGCGGUCAGUCGCUUCUCGUUGCCCACGGUUCUGCUGCGUGUUUGCAUUUAUUGUGUAGUUAAAAUUGUGUGCACUAUGGAAACAAAACUUUUUAUUUUUUUACUUGCUAUCACCGCGUGCAACGGAAACAUCGAUUUGGGUUCUAUAAUAUCGUCAGCACAUUCAAAAUUACAUAAUGUUGCUGGUGGUAUCCUUGGUGGAAUUGCUCAAGGACUUCAAUUAAAUCGCCAAGAAAACCAACCUAAAAAUCCACCUAAAGAGACCAUUAUAGUGGUCGUUGAAAACGAACGUAAUCCGAACGAGUAUCGCCAACCUCCGGGCCAUCAUAGGCCACAUCCAAAUCAUCAGAGACCUCCCUUCAAUAACAACGGAGCUGACGGCCCAGAAUACAAUGAUUAUAGGCCUUAUCAACAAGGGAGACCACAACAUCAAGGAAAUGGAAACUAUAAUAAUUACAAUCAAGGUUAUCCCAAUAAUAAUGGGUAUAAUGGAAACACACCGAAUAGAUAUACAGGAAACCCGAACGAAGGACAUAUGAAUCACGGAAGACCUCAAUAUCCUCCACAAUUUAACGGCAAUAAUAAUGGUAAUAACAAUUACGGACAUAAUCCAUAUCCAGUUAAUAAUAACAACGGUAGACCUGAUCGCCCAAACCUAUAUGACAAUAAUCAACAAAAUAAUAAUAAUUAUUAUAACAAUAAUAAUGACGGUAGUGGAUAUUCGGAUGGCAGCCAUUUAAAUAAUAGGCCAACAACGGAGUUUUCUACAAACAAUCCAGCCUUUACCGCCAAACCAACCACAACAACGAAGGCACCAGACGAUUCUCCAUUGUUUAUACCUCUGUUGCCAGAUGAAAAUACUAAAGAUGAUAAAAGUGUCACAGCCCCUAAGAGAGAAACCGAUAAAGAUAAAGAAGAAGAAGAAUUUGAAUUAGACGUAAGGAUUAAAGAUUAAGACUGUACUAAUUUACUGUUUAUAUCUUAUGAUUAAAAUACAAGUUUGAAUACAUCACUCAAAACUUCA